AUGGAUAAUCUACAUCAAACGAAUUUUAUAAGAGCACUUCAAAUAAAUCUAGCUAGAUCUCAUGUUGCAACCGCACAACUAAAACUGCACAUCUUUGAUUAUGAUUUGGUCUUCGUGCAAGAACCAUAUUGUAUCGAUAACAAACCAGUUGGUUUCCCAAUACAAACUAAAGUUAUUUCAAAAACUGAAGGACUUCCCAAGACGGCAAUAGUGGUCGUGAAUCCUAAUUUUACUAUUCUUAACACGCUGACCACUCCAACAUUGAAUAUAAUAAAAUUGAAAUUCGGACAAAGAUCAUUAACGAUCUUUAACUUUUAUAGCCCACCAAUCACGGACCUCACAGACUUAACUUCUCUCUUAGACUUAGUCGAGAGAAAUUUAUCGGACAAUACAGAUAAUAUUAUCCUGGGUGAACUCAACGUCAAAAGUGAACUAUGGGGUUCUCUAUUUGAAGACCCUAGAGGUAGAAUGGUCCGAGAAUUUCUGGUGUCAAGACAAUUUAUUAUUGCAAACGACCCAAAUGGUCCACCAACAUACAACUGCUCCAGAGGAAAGAGCUGGAUAGACAUAACUGCAAGUCAAGGAGAUAUAAUCAGUGAGUGGCGAGUCCUGGAUGAUCCCUCGCUUAGUGACCAUUGUUAUGUUUCUUUUGAAAUCUCUCGUGACAAAAGUACAGAUCAGAUUAUACGAAGGAUGUAUAAACUGAACAAAAUGGAUUGGCUGUUGCUUAAGGAAAAGCUCGGAAGUUAUUUCUCCACUUUUAACCCUCAAUAUGUAAAAGAUACCGUUGAUCUGAACACCUUAAUAAAAACUUGGACUCAAAAGAUCCAAGAUAUUUGCGACUUGGCAAUAAAAGCAAAGGGAAAAUUUCUCAACGUUCAGCACAAAGGGGUCCCUUGGUGGACACAAUCCCUCACAAUUAUGAGGAAAAGAAUCCUAGCCGAAAGAAAAAGAUAUCAGCGUUGCAUUCAAGAUGAUAACUUAAGAGCAAUUUAUAAGAAAAUAUAUAAGAAAGACUUAGCCAAAUAUAAAAGAGAAAUACUACGUUCCAAAAGAACGUGUUGGAAAAAUCACCUAUAA